GGCUUAUUUGUUACUGGAAAAUCGUUUUAAGAGGAAAUGAUGGCCAAGUUGACGGCUGACGUCUCCGCACUCCAACACUUGGGGGCGCUGCUGCUCGCUCGGAUUGACGCUCUUCCACUUCCGGGACGGCAUGUCACGUUCCCAGCUUAACUUCUCCUGCCGAGAGCGGCGUUCUCGUCCGGGCGAUGGGGCCAGAUGACGGCCCGGGUGCGGCCGUGGCCUGGAGGAAGGUGCUGUGGGAGCGCCAGCCAUACCCGGACAAUUACGUGGACCGGCGCUUUUUGGAGGAGCUGCGCAGGAACGAGGGCCUCCGCCAGUACCGCUACUGGGCCGUGGUGCGUGAGGCGGGCCUGGUGGGGCAGCAGCUCUCCUGUGUGGCCAUUUUCAUCACCCUCUGGCUCUACAUGGAGCAGGGCCUUCUGUCUCCAGGGACCCUCCUGGUUAUCAGCCUGGUUAGCUCCCUGCUAGGCUACGGACUGUACCAAGCCCUCACAUCUCAAGCGGAACCGGUUCUCCAACCUCGGACCCGUCUGGCCGACUUACAGAGCGCCGCCAUUUUCCUGGCCUUCAUCUUCGGCUUCUCGCCUGUGCUAAAAACGCUCACAGAGUCCGUGAGCACGGACACGGUGUACGCCAUGUCGGCCAUCAUGCUGUUGGCUCACCUGGUGUCUUUCCCUUACGCACACCCCUCGACCCCAGGCUGCCUGUCCCUCAACGCGGCCCUGUUCGCCUCAGUGUGUCUGGCCUCUCGCCUACCGGGCACCCUUCAUACCUUCACCAUGCUCAGCUGCGCUCUUAUGGUCUUCGCCUUGUGGCCCUGCCUGCUGGGGCAGGUGAAGGACAGGGCCCCGCGCUACCUUGCGGCCGUGUGCGCGGGGGUGUGCGCGGCGGGCGUCGGCGGCCUAGCGCCGCGCUGGCCCGUCGGGUCGGCCAUCCUGGCGCUGGCCCUGGUGAGCGUGAUGCUAAUGUGCCCCUGGCUGCUGGUCUGGCUGCAGCGGCACAAGGACAACAUUCACGGGCCUUGGGACGAGGCGGAGAUCCACGAGGACCUCAGCCGCUUCCUCCAUUGAAGAAGACCCAAAAAAAAACAUCAUGACUAACAUUUAAAUACAGUAUCAUCCAAGUGUUCAUCAAAAACAAGACAGGUUUUAUUUUUAAAGGGUAUUUCAAAUAUUACUAUAAGUCACUGUAACACUAUGCACAGUUCAAACAUUAACACUGCACUAAAAUUUAAAUGAUUCGAUUAAAAUGUAUUUCACAAAGUGACUUUUGUCUUAAAAUCCAGCAUUUAAAGAUUAAAUGCCAAUGUUUUUAACGUAAAAUACAACAGAACUGUACUUAGCCAGUGAUUCCUCCCCACAUACCAUUUGAGAGCCUUCGAAGGACUAGUGGAAUGCCUUCAAAACAUUAAGAAUCACUUGCAUGAACAAAAUUGUUGCACCCUGGAAUUUGCCUAAAAUGGCUACUUUGAACCAAAAUGGACAACUUCCUGUUCAAUUUCGGCCAUGGGUCCUGGAGAUUUUUUCAUGUCCUCUUAUGAUCGACAUGUACACCCAAGUUUGGUGUCGAUCGUUGAAACUGGUGUCAGGGGAUUAUUUUUUUCCGACUUUCCGAUAAUUCUCAAAAUGGGCACGCGUCCUUGAGACUUGUGCGUCGUAAAGGCUAACCAGAAUAUUAGAAACAGAUUUCAGUACGACAAAAAAAAACAAAAAAACUGGACAGUCCAUUAUCUUUGUAAAGGCAUUUUUUUGUCUAUUGGAUCUCAUUAGUGUGGGUGAACCGAAUUCAUUGAGAGCCAAUGAAGAGAUAGAUUUACUGUCAGAUCCUUUUUUAUUAACACUCUAAAUUUACUUGCAGGGAACAGGUUUUGAGAGAUGCUGCUGCUAUUUUAAUAUUUAAAGUGUUGACCUCAUCAGUUUAAGUUACAUUCAAAUGUUGAUACUACGCACUCAUUUAGUAUGGUGCAUCAGGAAAGUAUUCACAGUGCUUUACUUUUUUCCACCCACAUUUUAUGUUUCUGCUUUACUCCAAAAUUAAAUUAUUCCCACCCCCUCCCCUUGAUAUUCUGCACACAAGAUCCCACAAAGACAACAUGAAAUGGGUUUUUAAAUAUUUUGCAAGUUUAUUAGAAAUGAAAAAAAAAUGUACACAUUUUAUGUUAGCCUUAUUGCAAAUUUAAAUAUUUUCCCCUCAAAAUUAUACAUGAAAAAUGCCAAUAUUAUUUAGCAAAUUUAUUACAAAUAUUCUUCUUUUCCUUUGGGCUUGUCCCUUUAGGGGUCGCCACAGCGCGUCAUCCUUUUCCAUGUAAGCCUAUCUCCUGCAUCCUCUCGAACGCCAACUGCCCUCCUGUCUUCCCUCACGACAUCCAUCAACCUUCUCUUUGGUCUUCCUCUAGCUCUCUUGCCUGGCAGCUCCAUCCUCAUCAUCCUUCUACCAAUAUACUCACUCGCUCGCCUCUGGACGUGUCCAAACCAUCGAAGUCUGCUCUCUCUAACUUUGUCUCCAAAACAUCGAACCUUGGCUGUCCCUCUGAUGAGCUCAUUUCUAAUUUUAUCCAACCUGGUCACUCCGAGAGCGAACCUCAGCAUCUUGAUUUCCGCCAUCUCCAGCUCUGCUUCCUGUUGUCUCUUCAGUGUCACUGUCUCUAAUCCGUCCAUCAUGGCUGGCCUCACCACUGUUUUAUAAACUUUGCCCUUCAUCCUAGCAGAGACUCUUCUGUCACAUAACACACCUGACACCUUCCUCCACCCGUUCCAACCUGCUUGGACCCGUCCUGACCACACUCACCAAUGCUCUGGACGGUUGACCCCCAGUAUUUAAAGUCCUCCACCCUUGCUAUCUCUUCUCCCUGUAGCCACACUCUUCCCCCACCACCGCUCUCAUUCAUGCACAUAUAUUCUGUUUUACUUCGGCUAAUCUUCAUUCCUCUGCUUUCCAGUGCAUGCCUCCAUCUUUCUAACUGUUCCUCCACCUGCUCCCUGCUUUCACUGCAGAUCACAAUGUCAUCUGCAAACAUCAUGGUCCACGGGGAUUCCAGUCUAACCUCAUCUGUCAGCCUAUCCAUCACCACUGCAAAUAGAAAGGGGCUCAGGGUUGAUCCCUGAUGCAGUCCCACCUUCACCUUAAAUUCGUCUGUCACACCUACAGCACACCUCACCGCUGUUCUGCUGCCCUCGUACAUGUCCUGUAUUAUUCUAACAUACUUCUCAGCCACUCCAGACUUCCGCAUGCAGUACCACAGUUCCUCUCUACAAAUACACACUGUAGCUCCUUCUGACCUCUGUACUUUUCCAUCAACAUCCUCAAGGCAAAUAAUGCAUCUGUGGUACCCUUUCUAGGCAUGAAACCAUACUGUUGCUCGCAAAUACUCACUUCUGUCCUGAGUCUAGCCUCCACUACUCUUUCCCAUAAAUUCAUUGUGUGGCACAUCAACUUUAUUCCUCUAUAGUUGCCACAGCUCUGCACAUCACCUUUGUUCUUAAAAAUGGGCACCAGUACACUUUUCCUCCAUUCCUCAGGCAUCUUCUCACUCACUAGAAUUCUAUUGAACAAGCUGGUCAAAAACUCCACAGCCACCUCUCCUAGAUGCUUCCAUACCUCCACAGGUAUGUCAUCAGGACCAACUGCCUUUCCAUUUUUCAUCCUCUUUAAUGCCUAAUUUCCCCCUUACUAAUCAUUGCCUCUUCCUGGUCCACCACACUUGCCUCUUCUACUCUCCCUUCUCUCUCAUUUUCCUCAUUCAUCAACUCCUCAAAGUAUUCUUUCCAUCUAUCUAGCACACUACUGGCACCAGUCAACAUAUUUCCAUCUCUAUCCUUAAUCACCCUAAUCAUCUCUAUCCCUCUGUCUGGCCAGCCAGUAUAUAUCCUUUUCUCCUUCUUUAGUGUCCAUUCUGGCAUACAUGUCAUCAUAUGCCUCUUGUUUGGCCUUAGCUACCUCUACCUUUGCCCUAUGUCGCAUUUCAAUAUAUUCCUUUCGCCUCUCCUCGGUCCUCUCAGUGUCCCACUUCGUCUUAGCUAACCUUUUUCCUUGUAUGAUUUCCUGUACUGUGAGGUUCCACCACCAAGUCUCCUCUCCUUUCCUGCCAGUAGAUACACCAAGUACUCUCUGCCUCUCUGAUCACCUUGGCUGGAGUGGUCCAGUCUUCUGGAAGCUCCUCCUGUCCACCGAGAGCCUGUCUCACCUCUUCCCGAAAAGCUGCACAACACUCGUCCUGUCUCAGCUUCCACCACAUGGUUCUCUGCUCUGCCUUUGUCUUCCUAAUCUUCCACACCACCAUCCUAUGCUGUCGAGCCACACACUCCCCUACCACUACCUUACAGUCGGUAACCUCCUUCAGAUUACAUCGUCGGCGCAAGAUGUAAUCCACCUGUGUGCUUCUACCUCCACUCUUGUAGGUCACCCUAUGUUCGUGCCUCUUCUGGAAAAAAGUGUUCACUACAGCCAUUUGCAUCCUUUUUGCAAAGUCUGCCACCAUCUAUCCGUCCAAGUUCCUUCCCUGGAUGCCGUACUUACCCAUCACUUCUUCAUCACCCCUAUUUCCUUCACCAACACGUCCAUUACAAUCUGCACCAAUCAUGACUCACUCUCUGUCUGGGAUGCUCAGAACUACUUUGUCAAGCUCCUUCCAGAAUUUCUCUUUCAUCUCUACGUCACGUCCUACCUGUGUGGCAUAGCCACUAAUCACAUUAUACACAACACCCUCAAUUUCAAGUUUCAGCCUCAUCACUCGAUCUGAUACUCUUUUCACCAUUUUCACCUAAGACAUUCUGAGCCAACUUUUUUUUUAAAAUAACCCCGACUCCAUUUCUCUUCCCAUCUACACCAUGGUAAAAUAAUUUAAACCCUGCCCCCAAACUUCUAGCCUUACAGCCUUUCCACCUGGUCACACAAUAUCAACCUUUCUCCUAAUCAUCAUGUUAAUCAACUCCUGAGAUUUUCCUGUCAUAGUAACCACAUUCAGUUCUAGGCUCUGUGCUUUCCUCUUCUCUUUCUGCCGAAGAACCCGCUUUCCACCUCUUCUUCAACUUCGACCCACAGUAGCUGAAUUUCCACCGGCGCCGGUGGCGGACAUUGUUAACCCUGGCCACGACCAAUUCGCUAUGGAAUUCUUGGGAUGAACGCUCAUAUUUGUUUGGCACAGAUUUAAGCCGGAUGCCCUUCCUGACGCAACCCUCUGCAUUUAUCCGGGCUUGGGACCGGCCUACAGUUUGCACUGGAGUGUGCCCCCCAUAGGGCUGCAUUUCAAAUGUAUUAAAAAUGAAAAGCUAAAUGUGGGGAAAAAAGUGACAUGGGAAAAGUGAAAUGCAGUGAAUCAUUUCUGAAAUGGGUUCUAAUAUAAUGUAUUUAAUUACACUGCAGUAUGUGAAAAUGAAGAAUUUUAAUACAAUAAAUAACACGAUCAUGUAACAAACUCUUAACUGUAAAAAAAAAAAAAAAAAAAAAAAUCCCAGGGUUACUGUGAUUGUUGGCAAUGGAGAACAACUAUUUUCCCCCCCCUUAAAGCUUGAAGCGUUUUGAGCUCUAGAGAGCAGCACACUCCUUCCAUAGUUUCAGCUUUUUUCCCCCCCAAAGAUCACAAGACCACGGCAAUCCGACACUCGACACUAACUGAAGGCAGGCUCAUUUACCGCACUACUUCCUGUUUUUCAUUGGGAUGUUUUAUAUUUAUGGCCUACAAAUUUUUUUGGAUACAAAUAAUUACUGUAGUUAUGACUUAAUUACUGCCUUGUAACAGACUACGGGUAGAAAUUGGCAUUACGUCACCGCUGUUGGAACCUGUAUAGUAUGAAAUGUUAUAAACAUGUAUUUGUAAAAAUAAAGUUCUCUAAUCUUACUAGAAAACCUU